UGUUUACAAAAAUGAGUGUAGUGGUAAAUAAAUGAAAAAUUAUUAAUAAAAUCAUUUUCUUGUCCAGUACCUACAGUAAUUAUGAAUUCAACAUAGAACGUAAAAAUAUCAUUAAAAAUGGCAAAAGUAAAUAAGAAGAAGAGGGCUAAAGAUCCGAAGCCAAAGAGGUUCCCAUGUACAGAAUGUGGAAAGAAAUUCACAGAAAAAGGCAGUCUGCACCAUCACCUCCAAUUACACUCUGACGAUCGUCCCUUCACCUGUGAAAUAUGUAACGGCACGUUCAAAACCAAUAAGUACCUUACAAAACAUAUAAAGAGGGUUCAUAAUGCUCCGACGGAUCAUGAGUGUGAUUUCUGUGGCAAGAAAUUCCAUUAUAAGAGCUUGAUGGAGAAACACAGAGUUGUGCAUACUGACGAAAAGCCGUACAAAUGUAAAUGGUGCAAGAAAGGUUUCAAUUCUGGAUAUAGUCUAUCUACACACAUAUUGAUUCACACCAAUUCCAAACCCUUCAAGUGUACAUACUGUGAAUACGCGUGUCGCGACAGUUCGACACUUCGGAAACACGAAGAGAGACAUCGCGGUAAAGUGCCGGUGUUCAAGUGUAAAGUGUGCGAUAAACAGUACACACGAAAGUCAGUGCUAAAAGUGCAUGUAACAGAGGAACAUUUAAAUAUGGACACCAAAAAGAAACCGUGUGAGAUUUGCGGGAAAAUGUUCAGGGAUAAUACAUCGAGGAAUGUUCAUGUGCGUGUAGUCCACAAACAGAGCUAUGCUGUGCAAUGCGAUGUUUGCGGUAUAUACAUAUCUAAUAAAUAUAAUCUAAUGCAACAUCUUCGCACGCACGUGGAUUACCGGCCCUAUAAAUGUGACUUCGAUGAUUGUAAGAAGGCUUUUAAGGAUAAGUCUACCCUCAAAAAACACGUUAUCCUACAUUAUCCAUCAAAACACUACGAGUGUCACAUAUGCGGACGACGAUUUUCGCGAUUAUCCCGAUUUAACAGACAUAGUCGACAACAUGAAGUCAAAGUGAAGAGUGUGGUCUGUGAUUACUGUGGAGUGGGUUUCUACAACAAAAAAUAUUUAACAAAUCACAUAACGAAGAAGCACAUGUUCAAACAGAAGUAUAUUUGCGAUUUAUGUAAUUUCUUCACUUAUAAUAAGCCGAGUAUAGUGAUGCAUAUCAAAUAUGGACACGAUUCGGAAGCGGACAGAGAAUGUAAAAUAUGCCAUAAAACCUAUAAGAGACAUAUUUACUUGAAAUCACAUUAUUGGAACGUGCAUUGUAUUAAAUAUAAACUAACAAGAAGACGUGUAUUAAAGAAGAAAGUGGAAGUAAAAGAAGAGAACGAAGCAAAUGAUAAAGAAGUGCCUAAAAUAAAAGAAGAAGUCGAAAGCAGUUCAGACGUUGAAAUAUCUAAAUGUCUCGAUUCGACUGGAAAUAUAGAAGUACAAGUUGAACGCAAAAUGGACGAUUUCUAUGUGAGAGAAGUCGUUGUGAGAACACAGGCUCCAAAAAAACCAGAUCCCACAAUAGACGCGGCAGUGGAGAGAAAUCUUCAGAAGAAGUUAAAAAGGAUUUUGACAAAAUCUCGAAGAGAGAAAGAGAUAAAAGAGUUGGAGCGAGUGAGACGGAUGUAUAAUAAGAGAAUGCAGAAGUUGAUUACUAAAGUUCCCAAACCAUUAGCUGUACCAAAACCAACGAAUGAAAUAAAAAUCGAUAAUAUAUACGAAAAGGAUGAAUCGGGAAAGGUGAAAUUCAAUGUACAUCAGUGCUAUGUGUGUUUUAAGCUAUACGAAACGAAAGAAGCCCUCCUCGAUCACUGCCAAGAACAUUUUGAUCUGUGCAACUCAACUAUACUAAGAAAAUGUCCGCUAUGUGACUACGUGUGCAAGACAAAUAUGCGAAGACACCUUCUUGAAAAACACAAAAUAAAUACCAAACUAUACACCGGCCACAUAAAAGAUAGAAAAAAUAAUAAUAACGGCUCUAGAUUCUAUUUCGAUAUAAAAAGUAAAAUUAUCGAUACAAUGGAUGUCAUCCCUAGUGUGAAACACCUUAAUAAACAGGCGUAUGUCAAUCUUGAUAGAAAAAACCGCGAAAUAAAAGACAAAAUGAUCGCUAAAACGAAGUUAGUUAAAAAAGGCAAGGAGUGGAUAGUAGAAAAAGAAACGAUAAAUAUCGAUCAAUAUUUAAUACCGAAAAUUAGUGAUGUGACUAGUGUUUUGAAAACCGGUAGCGACGAUUAUUGCGGGCGCAUGAAAAGAUUGAGUGACGUCACUAAGAAAAAUGGCGGCAAUAUGAUGUUCCCGUGUGAUAAAUGUGAGAAAAUAUGUCAGACUCUAAGCGCUUUAAAAUUACAUUACCGACGUCACGAUCCAAAUAAAAAACCUUUUAAACCUAAAAUGUGGAAACAUAAGCUUAAAUUGAUCGAAAAUAAAAAAAGUAAAAAUACCGUUACUAAUACAGGUAUCUAUACCGCUACGGAUAACGGUAUUGCCACCACCGUUAAUCCAAACCGUUAUUUAGAUCCUAAGCCCAUAGUAAAUAAACAUAAAUGCGAUCCGGAGUUAAAAAAAUUCUAUGAAACAAACAUAAAAGGUGGAGAUAUAGAAUUUUGGCAGUUUUUGAAAAUAUACAACAAAAUGACCAGAGAGAAUAUAGAGGAUUUCUCAGAUUUAGAAAAAAGAACCGAUUUCGGCUUUCACAUAGACAAUAGACUUAAUAAAACAGUUAAUAAAAAAGUAAGGAAAAGAAUUCGCGGGAACGUCAAAGUUAGGAAAAUUUUGAUUAGCAGAAAAGAGUAUUUAAAAAGAAAUGAAAUUAUAAAGCAAAUGAGGCAAAGAAUUGAGAGUUCAGUGCAAUAA